AUGUUGUUGUCAGAGAGUGGGCAGGCAGCAGUAGUGUAUACACUGGUAGACUCUGCCACAUCAGAACUACAACAACAGGCAGCUGCGGCCUCAGUGACACCUGACACUUCCAACACUACCUCAGGUCACAUCACAACACCUGUCCCUACUAACUCACAUGUUGUAUACAGGUUGUCAGAGAGUGGGCAGGCAGCAGUAGUGUAUACACUGGUAGACUCUGCCACAUCAGAGCUACAACAACAGGCAGCUGCGGCCUCAGUGACACCUGAACCUUCCAACACUACCUCAGGUCAGGUUGUUACCAUCCCUUUGACUCUCAGUGACGCUCCUUCCCAAAGCAAUGACACACAGUAUAUCGUACGGGCGGAACCUCGACAGGACUCGCAACCACCACCUCAGGCGGGUGAGAAAGACACAGAGGAGGAGAAGGUGGUGGAAGGGGGAGAUGUAAGAGUUGGGGUAACAGAAGAGACCAAUGACACAGUGGCCAUUCCCCCCACCCCUCCACCCCAAGAGGAUAUACCUUCCUUCAGCGAGUGGGCUCAGAAACAACUGGCUGAGGCUGAAAAGAAAAAAGGAGAGAAUGCAACUGGCGGGGGAGGUGGUGGCGGGGGUGUUAAGGUGAGACACAGCAAGAACUACGCUAGUCCCGACUGUGGGGCCAAGGUGGUCGGGUCCAACCCUGAGGCAGUCAGUGCGGGGGCCGUGUUGUCCUCUUCUAGAGAUGAAUACCUCCUCAACACCUGCACUUCCAGGACAUGGUUUAUAGUGGAGAUGUGUGAGGCCAUCCAGCCAAAAAAGGUGGAUAUUGCCAACUUUGAGUUGUUCUCAUCAUCCCCGAAGGAGUUCUCUGUGUACCUGAGUGAUCGUUAUCCCACUCGUGACUGGGCCGUGGCUGGCAGAUUUACAGCUCAGGAUGAGCGUAAUGUCCAGUCGUUCAACCUGUCACACUCGUCUCACUUUGGCAAGUAUGUCAAGGUGGAGGUACAUUCUCACUACGGCCAGGAGCAUUACUGUCCCGUCUCUCUGUUCAGAGUCUACGGCACCAGUGAGAUCGAGGUCUUGGACACUGUAGAUGAGGGUCAUCCUGGUUUACAUGGAGCUAUGGAAGAUGAUGACGAUGUCGAGGUAGUGGGGGAAGGAGGAGAAGGAGGUGCUCCAAAGAAUCUGUUUGGAAGUGCACGAGAUGCGGUGUUGAGUAUAGUGAAGAAGGCUGCAGAGGCAUUGGCCAAGAGUCCAGGCGAGGGGAAGGGCAACAGCACAGUACUGCGAGGUGAUCAGCUGGCAGAACCUUCAGAACCUUGUGUCACUCCCAGCCACAUAGCAGUGUGUGUCAACUGCUCUGACGAAUACUACCACAGGAUGUACGACGUCAUGAGUUGUCGUGUCAGCAUGUUGUCACAACUGCUACAGUCUCCGUUUGUCCGUCGAGCCGUCACCACCAGUGAGUUCUGUGCUGAGAGAGGGCUAGACCUUAGGACUGGAGCCCCCUUUCCCCCCCGUCCUGGUGCCCCCUCCCCCCUGCCUAUACACUACCUGGAGGCUCUGUUACCAUCGGAGACUAUAGCUGCUCUGUGUAACCUACUUGCGGUGGCCCAGAAGAAAGUGGUGUUGAACAUCAGUCGAGAGCACGUUACCGAGCAAGAGGCCAUUUUGGAAACAGACGAACCGACUCCAGCACUUCCAGACUCUACUGUGAGUGUAGUGGACAGUAACAUUAGUGAGGACAUAGCAGGGACAGCUACACGGGUACACACAUCAGCGUCUCACCCCCCUCCCCCUCCCAUCCGGCCGUCACGCACACUCACGGAGACAGAGGCUGAGUUAGCACCCAACACUACAACGCAGGAAAGUAACUCUACCCUGGAGGUGACGGCUACAGUGAUACCUACACCACCUGAGAGUAAUGAGGCAACUGUCAACCCUCCGUCAGACAGAGACAACGGGACACUGGUUGUGGAGACAGUCCCUCUAGACACAGGCUCCCUGGACUCUCUAUUCUCUGAGCUAGAACAGGCUGUUGUUCCCAGCCCCCGGACUCCCCCGGCUCCACAAAAGGAGUCGGUCUUUGUCAGGCUCGCUAAUAGAAUCAAGGCCUUAGAACGCAACAUGUCUCUUAGUGGACAAUAUCUGGAGGAGUUGAGCCGCAGAUACAAACGCCAGGUAGAGGAGCUGCAGCGUGCUGUGGGGGAGGGCCGGCGGAGAAGUGAGGAGAGGGAGGGGGUGCUGAUGGAACAGCUGGCGCAGCAGGCCCAACAGAUGGAAGCACUGACUGGAGCUGUGAAGGAACUGCUGGAAGAGAGAGACAGUUGGCAACACAAGGCCACAGUGAUGGGUCAGCACGGAGUGAUUGUGCUGGUGGAGGUGGUGGUUUUUGCAGUGAUCCUCUACAUCUGUCGCUGGAUACCUGAGGUGGAUGUGUCUCGUCGGAAGUUCAGCAUGCCGUGGCCUCGGGUUGGCAACACUGGCAGUGUGUCUCGCCGCAAGUCUGUGGACCAAGUAUUGCCACAGUCUAGUGUUCCAGCCAAGAAGCGGCGGCCCAGCGAGGAGGCACUCAUCAUUGCAGGGAGCACUCAUCAGGAGCUGCUACUGCCUGAAGCCAAGCGCAAAGUGUCCAAGGGGGAGACGAGGCGACAAAGGCGGAAAAGAAGAAAAGAACUUCUUUUGUUGGAAAACGAAAGGGCUCCCACUGGGUCUACCUCUCUGUUAGACCAGAACGGUGGGGAGAGUGUGGCAGCGUGGUGGGAGACUGAGGAAGUAGCCUCUGUUCCCCCAGUCCCCGCAGUAGUGCUGCCUCCUCCGCAGUAUGUGCAGACUGCAGUGGCACAACGCCAGGACCGCAUAGGCCGCAGCAGCAGCGAGAACAGUGAUAAGGAGAACAAGACAUUCCUCCCUAUCAAGAAACCUGGACCUUUUAAGAAAAUAGUGAAGAAAUUUUUCUGAGUAUUCUAAGUUAUUGUAAAUAGUUACAGUGUCGCUCCUGACUUUUACUGUGUAAAAUGUUAGGAAGAUCAGCUUCUUAGUAAACAUUCCAGUUUUUCAGUUGUGUUUUCUAAGAAAUGAAGUUGGUUUUUGUUCCUCAUUAUUAGUGGAUGCAGAUUGCGAGUUAGUUAGAGACUAUAAAUAAAUUCAUCGGGUAAUUUCUUGUUAUAGAAUUGUUAAGUGUGCCAUAUUUAAGAAAGUUGAAUUGCAAACAAAGGCUGUGAAAUGGUUUUGUAAGCAGGAUAAUUUUUGCUGAAAAGUUGUUAUGUCCAAUUUGGUAGAUAAUUGAUUUGAACAAAGUGAUGUGGAUCUAUGUAAGAUAUUAGGCUGUUAGAGGAAAAUUGUAACUCACGAAGAGUGAGAUUUAAAAUAUGUUUCCUGUUUUGAUAGCGGUGAUUAUUGUCUUGAAAAAUACUGCAUGAUAAAGAUUGCUGAAACAGAUACACAUAUACAAAGGGCCUAUUUUUACCUAUUUUGGUAUAUUUAGGAAUUUGUCUGGUUAGAUUAUUUUACAGUCAGUAACCAAGAUUUCCAACAUUUGCCUGUUUAAUUCUCGUGGUAAUAACAUUACAAUUAUUUAACCCCCCUACAUAUUUAGCCCGUUACAAGUUUAGAAGAGCAUUGUAUUUAGACACGUGAUCACUGGUCUCAAAUCUUUCUCACGAGAACAGUCGUUUCAGUACCGCCCACUUCCUGCCGAUCUAGUCUGGUUAAACGGAUGUGCUGAUAAAAAUUGUCCGGUUAAAGAGAUGUCAUUUCCCUCAGUGUAGUUAAACCGAUGUCCGGUUAAAAGGUGUCCGCAUAAGAGGGAGUCUAAUGUACCUGCUAUACAAAAAUAUCGAAACUAUUUCAUUUUUCUACUAAUACUAUGAUUCGGAAUUAUUUCAGUAAUAAUACACAAAAUAUUAAUAAGAACCAGAGAACUUCGUGGGACCACAGCCUUUCUGUGGAAUCUCUCGUGGGCAUGCAUGUCACUCAGUCAUGGCAUGGGCUCAGGAGGAACACAGGAAAAGAUGGGUUAGGCUUCAGCACCAUAGGGUAAGUAAGCUCACCCUCUUCUCUCCUUCCCAGACGGUCGCCUCCAAUGCCCUACGCUUGGACAGGAGGCGACUCAGACAGAUCACAGGAAUGGUCACUGGACAUGGCUUUCUGAAAUUACACCUGCAUCGCUUGAGGAUCCACAAUGGUGACACUGCGUGUAGGAAAUGUGGGCAAUCAGAGGAGACUGCUGAUCACCUACUCUACGACUGCACAGCUCUGAAUGAGGUAAGGGACAGUACUCUUGGUGUAAUGACAAGGGGCAGACACCUUCCUCAGGAGGAGCUCAUUGACAGGAUGCUUGAGUUCAUUAAGCAACUCAGGUUUGACGGACUCUGAAGUACCAUGUGGGGAGCGCAAAAAGCCCAUCAGUGGCUGACGUGCAAUAGGACAAGGUCCGCCCCUACAGAAUCAAUCAAUCAAUCAAUCAACCGCCCACUUCCUGCCGAUCUAGUCUGGUUAAACGGAUGUGCUGAUAAAAAUUGUCCGGUUAAAGAGAUGUCAUUUCCCUCAGUGUAGUUAAACCGAUGUCCGGUUAAAAGGUGUCCGCAUAAGAGGGAGUCUAAUGUACCUGCUAUACAAAAAUAUCGAAACUAUUUCAUUUUUCUACUAAUACUAUGAUUCGGAAUUAUUUCAGUAAUAAUACACAAAAUAUUAAUAAGAACCAAACUUCUUAUUUAUUAUUCGCAGGAUACGUACAUUAUGGUACCGAUACGAUAGUAGGUACUACACUUUCGGCAACACUGGUCAACAAUCUUUGUGCUUGGCUCCCAUUGGACGGCAAGUUCCGCCCAGGGACCGAGUUAGCGACUUCUGUACAAGGACGGAAUUUGCCAAUCUGGCACUAGAGCGAGUUAGCCAAUUUGAAAGCCGAACAAGUUAGAGAGUUCCUCUCAUCGACCAAAUUUGAGGAUAGGGUGUUUAACAUAGCGCUAACGAGUUCCAGAGUUAGCCAAUUUAAGGGAUAGAAUUCAGCUAGCUCACCCGUGAAAAUUAGUCCAGGGGCUCAUAAAAAAAUUACACAACAUAAACACUGUUAUUUAAUCCUAAACUUUUGGAAAAACAUUUUAAUCAGUCUCAUCCCUUUUUCUUUAUUUAAUUAGUUUUAUAAUAUUUUUUACUAGACAUGACUAAAAUUACACCACUACUAAUUAAAUAAAUAUAUUAAUAAUAAUGAUGUUUAGUGAAUUUUAGUUUGUUUCUUACAGUUGACCACUUGCUCAGGACAGCAUUUCAUUUUAUUUGUACUUACACUUUUAGUUAUGAUUGUUAAGUAUAGUUAUUGUUGUUUAGGUAUGGAUGUAAAUAUUUUGUCCUCUUGGACAUCAAAGAUUACUGAAAACAUCAAGACUGAAACACUCUUCACAUGAAUCAUGUUAAGUAAUUAGUUAUUCAAGGUAGAAAAAAAAUAAAAAUAAGUGAGAGUGUUUUUAGCCAAGGGAAUUUUCACAUCCAAAGAGUAUUUCAUCAAGGUUAUUUUGAUCAAUUAUUACAAUAAAAAACUAAUUACAAAUAACAGUCCUAUAUCACCAGACUACUAGAAUGGAUUCCAGUUUGGUUUCACAAAUAAAACUUGUUUUCCUUAUAAUUUACUCAUAAUUUUGUCAACAUUCAAAUUGUUUGUAUAAUUUAGUCUUACCAGUAUAUCACUGGAAUAAAAAAAAAAUAGUAAAAAUGUUUUUUAUAACUAGGAAAUGUUGUAAGGACUUGGACCUCAGAUGUUAUUGAUAUAUCGCUUUACUAUGAAUAAAUUAUCUUUUACAUAAAUGUUUCUCAACAUUAUACCAGAGGUUUUGUCAAACAAUUCUUUUCAUAUUUUACUACAAACUCAAAUGUUUAUUAUGAAUUUUUAAGUUUGAACUAAUUAAAGUUUUUAAAAUGUUUAGUUUUAUGCUUAAACUUAUAACUUUAAAAUAUUUAUUUUUGUAACUAGUGUGUGAAGUGGCACUUUGAACUCGUGUUACACAUUAUAUUUUUCCUACAUUCACUAUAAAGCAUGAUAUAAAUAAUUAUUAGUCUUUCAAACACUAUUCAACACGUUUUUAGGUUAGGUUAAAUCCAAGCGUUGAACGAAAUAUUAAAAGCUGCACCAGCUGAUUGUAGUUGUAGUAUCUAUAAGUGUUACCAACUUAUUUUCAAGCGUUAACAUAUUACGUGCCUAAUAAAAGUACACUGUUUUUAUGUUGUUUGGUUGGAAUACUGGAGUGCGACAAAAAAAAAGAGUGCAGCAAAAGUAAGUAAAUGCAGCAAUUAGCUACUUUGUAUGCUAUAAUCAGUACAAGGAAACCCACUUUGUCAGGUAACUGUAGGAAAAAAAUAAUAAUCACAAUUGGCAAAAAUUAUAAUCCUGGGACAAAACUCAAACAUUUCAUUUUGAAGUAGCAAGAACAUUGUUAGUGAUAUUAAAGAUGUUGACUCAACCUCUGGAAAAUUGCUAGUCAUGUAUUUUACUGUACAUUUUGAUUAUGUAUUAUUUAUUUAGUUAUAGUUUGAAUAAAUAAAUAUGUAGAAUCUCAAA